AUGUGUGUCGUAGUAGGCCGACCGUGUGGGUGAUUCAGCAGUCGAGCGAAGCCUUCGCCCAAUCGCCAGGAGUAAGCUGAAAGAAACUGUACUAGGUGAGUACAAAAUGGCGACUGUAGCGGCGUGGCAACCUGAACCUGCUGGACUUGAACAAAUUGUACAGUUAUUGAAAGAGUCUCAGAGCCCCACAACAGAGGUGCAGCGAGCUGUACAACAAAAAUUGGAAUCAUUGAACCAGUUUCCCGAUUUUAACAACUAUUUAAUAUUUGUUCUCACCAAGCUGAAGACAGAGGAUGAACCUACUAGGUCAUUAAGUGGACUUAUUCUUAAAAACAAUGUAAGGGCACACUUUCAUAAUUUUCCAAGUGAAACAACUGAAUUUAUCAAGAGGGAAUGCCUACAGAAUAUUGGAGACCCAUCACCUUUAAUACGGGCUACAAUUGGAAUCCUUAUCACAACUAUUGCUACCAAAGGUGAACUACAGAACUGGCAGGAACUUUUGCCAGCUCUUUGCCACCUUCUUGAUUCAGAAGACUACAAUACUUGUGAAGGAGCAUUUGGUGCAUUACAGAAAAUAUGUGAGGAUUCUGCCGAGGUUCUUGACUGUGAUAGCCUGAACAGACCACUUAAUAUUCUCAUUCCAAAGUUUCUACGAUUUUUUAAGCAUUCAAGCCCAAAAAUAAGAUCUCAUGCUAUAGCUUGUGUAAACCAGUUCAUCAUCAGCAAAACACAAGUCCUAAUGCUGCAUAUUGAUGACUUCAUAAAAAAUUUAUUUGAGUUGGCAAAUGACGAUGACAAUGAAGUUCGAAAGAAUGUUUGUAGAGCUUUGGUUAUGUUGCUUGAAGUUCGUCUUGACAUGCUCGUACCACACAUGCAGGAUAUCAUUGAGUAUUUGUUGAUGCGGACUCAAGACAAUGAUGAAUCUGUAGCACUUGAAGCCUGUGAGUUCUGGUUGACUUUAGCAGAACAGCCAGUUUGCAAGGAAGUUCUUGCAGUUCAUCUUCAAAGGUUGAUUCCUGUCCUUGUGAAAGGUAUGAAAUAUUCUGAGAUUGACAUCAUACUGUUGAAGGGCGAUGUUGAAGAUGAUGAAACAAUUCCUGACAGUGAACAAGAUAUCAAACCUCGCUUUCACAAAUCAAAAACCCACUCGCAACAACAUACCAAUAAUGAUGAUGAAGAUAAUGAUUCUGAUUCCGAUUAUGGAAUGGAUGAUGAUGAUGCUUUGUCUGACUGGAAUUUACGAAAAUGUUCUGCAGCUGCUCUAGAUGUUCUAGCAAAUGUUUUUCGUGACGAACUCAUGCCAAUUCUCUUGCCUAUUCUUAACGAGACUUUAGCUCAUCAGGAUUGGGAAGUCAAGGAAUCUGGGAUCCUUGUACUAGGUGCAAUUGCUGAAGGAUGUUCAAAUGCUAUGGUACCACACUUGCCUGAGCUGACUAAAUAUCUCAUUCAGUGCCUUGCUGAGAAAAAGGCAUUGGUUCGCUCAAUCACAUGUUGGACAUUGAGUCGCUAUUCCCACUGGAUAGUUAGCCAACCUCAUGAAACCUAUCUGAAACCGUUAAUGAAUGUGCUUUUACAACGAAUUCUUGAUUCUAACAAGAGGGUACAGGAAGCUGCAUGUAGUGCAUUUGCAACACUGGAGGAAGAGGCUUGCACUGAACUUGUGCCGUAUCUGGCAAUUAUUCUUCAAACUCUUGUAUUUGCAUUUAGUAAAUAUCAACAUAAGAAUCUUCUUAUAUUAUACGAUGCAAUUGGCACCCUGGCUGAUUCAGUAGGACAUCAUUUGAACAAAGAGGAAUACAUUAAUAUGCUGAUGCCGCCUUUGAUUGAAAAAUGGAACACAUUACGAGAUGAAGACAAGGAUUUAUUUCCAUUGCUAGAAUGCUUAUCAUCUGUUGCUACAGCUCUGCAAUCUGGAUUCUUGCCAUACAGUGAACCAGUAUAUCAGAGAUGUGUAUCAUUAACAGAAUCAACCCUUGCACAGAUACAGGCUUCUAACCAAAAUCCUGACCAAGUUGAGCCUCCAGAUAAGGACUUCAUGAUAGUUGCAUUGGACUUGCUAAGUGGCUUAGCAGAGGGUUUGGAGAGCUACAUUGAAGGUUUAGUAGCACGUAGCAACAUAAUGACAUUGCUUUAUCAGUGUAUGCAGGAUACUAUGCCAGAAGUUAGACAGAGUUCAUUUGCUUUGCUGGGUGAUUUAACCAAAGCCUGUUUCCAGCAUGUUAAGCCAUGUAUUCCUGACUUUCUACCAAUCUUGGGACAGAACUUAAAUCCAGAAUUUAUUUCAGUGUGUAACAACGCCACUUGGGCAAUUGGGGAGAUUUCUAUUCAAAUGGGCAGUGCUAUGGCUGAAUACAUACCUUUGGUACUAAGUCAGUUGAUUGAGAUUAUCAACAGGCCGAAUACACCCAAGACUUUACUUGAAAAUACAGCUAUAACAAUUGGGCGAUUGGGAUUUGUUUGCCCAGAAGAUGUAGCUCCUAUGUUACCACACUUUAUACGUCAAUGGUGUACCUCUUUGCGCAACAUCCGUGACAACGAGGAGAAAGAUUCUGCAUUCCGUGGCAUAUGUGCUAUGAUCAGUAUAAAUCCAAAUGGAGUUGUACAGGAUUUUAUAUUCUUUUGUGAUGCUGUAGCCUCAUGGGUUAACCCAAAAGAAGACCUCAAGGAAAUGUUCUUCAAGAUCCUGCAUGGUUUUAAAAAUGAAGUGGGUGAGGAAAACUGGAGACGUUUUUCUGACCAGUUCCCUGUCCCACUUAGAGAACGUCUAAAAUCGCAAUAUAGUGUUUAGCAGUAAAGAAAAAUAUGGUUGAAAGAGGAAUAAAAUGAUGAAAGACAAACGCCCGCACCAGGGCUGAGCAGGGACUAGGAAGUACAUUAACCACCAUAAUGCUUCCAGAAAAACUUGUUCCAAGACCUGCACCCCUGCCUAGUUAAGUGCAUGAAUAGCUGGUAAGUUUUAAGAUACUUAAGGGGUAUUACAUCGUUUAAGUGAGACUAGGACUAGGACAUGCCCAUCUGGGGCUUGGGGUGGGAUGGUGGUAUUAUAACCAUCAGCAAUGGAGGGGUGGUUAGAAGUCAGAUGUCAUCAAAGACUGUCAAGCUACUUACACUAUGACAAAGUCUAAUAAACAUCCUUAGGUUAGUUUCUAAUGUGCAGGAUUAUUCAGGAUUUCCUGGAGUUGGUAGAAAAAAACUGUUAGACAACUAGGGUAUAUUGUUAAGACAAUGGAUGCACAUGUUUUUACUUACCGUACUUUAGCAGAUUAAGGAGUCGAACAUGAUUAAGAAUAUGACCAGAUGUAAGAAGAUUGUGGCAAUGUAUUUGAGAUGCAUUAAAGUGUUAUCAAGGGUAAUAUAAGGAACAUCACAUGUACAUUUAACUUUAAUAUCAAAUCUUUAAAAAACUACACCUAAUUUUUAAAAAUUUCUCUCAUUUGCUUUGAAAUUUUUAAUAAAUGAGAGUGCAAAAUGAAUGACUCAGCAUUCAAUUGCAUAGAACUUAAAGUAAUGUAAUUGCGGAAUUUAUGAGCAAUAGAAAAUAAUUAAUCUGAUCCCUAGUUUAACGAUUUUAAAAGUAAGAAAUUACAGGAAUCAAUAUCAUAAUGUGGUAACAUGGUACCUGUGUAUUGUUGUGUGUAACUUGCUUUUAGCACUUUGUAUUGCCAUCAGAUUCAAAUUAUCCUAAUUGUGUCAAUUUGAAGUAGACCAAAUAAUAUCGGCCAUUGAAAUAUAGUGCCAACCAUACAGCACCUAAAUGGGCUAUGAAUUCAUUAGCAAAUUUUAUAUUUAUGUUUACAAGUGCUGGGAGCUGUUGCCUUGUGGUCACAAACUUUUCUUGCAUUGUUUACAUGCAUGUAUUAAACCAUCUGCACAUCCAAACUAGACAGGCAGAAAAAACAAAGCUAUAGGAAUACAGAAACUACUGUAAAUAAAUAAAAAUAUAGAUGACAUGAUAAUAUUAUAAAUUUAUAGAAAAAGAAGAAAAAAAAUUAAAUUUUGAUAUUUUAACCUAAAUAUUAAUUCAUGAUAAUUUCCAGAUACUCUGAGUUAUUACAUGUGUAGAUACAAUGGGGUACACCUACUAUUCCUAAGGUUCGCUAUUCAUGAGGUCCACUGUUCAUAAAGUCUGUUGGUUAUUAUUAUAAAGUCAAUUCAAAUAUAAAUCCAUUAUUCAUAAAGCUUUGUAUUUAAACGGUUCACUAGAAAUAAUAAUUAAUAAUAAUAAUAUACAAAAAGAAAGUUUCACUGGUCAUAGUUAAAUAAAGUGUCCAUUAUUCAUAGCAAGAAAAAGGUUCGCCAGUAAAAAUAAAAAUAGAGGUUUGAUAGUUAUAUAAAAAUGUAAUAUUAUGACUAGCAAACCUCAUUUUUUAUUAUGACUAGUGAACUUUAUGAAUAGCAGUCUUUUGUUUACAUUAUGACUAGCAAACCCUUUUUAUUGAUUAUGGCAUUGAACCUGAUGAGUAUCGGUCCUUGUAUAAAAUUGUAACUAGUAAAACUUUUUCUUUAUUAUGACUAGCAAAUCUUAUGAAUAGUGGCCCUUAAAUUUUAUAAAUAUUGAACCUUUUUGUGAUUAUGACCAGCCACCCUCUGGUAUAAGGUAGACUAAUGUAAUGAAUAGCGAACCUUACACUUGUAAGCUUGACCUGAUACAAUUUACCCUCUACCCAUGUACAUGUACUAAAAAUUGGUCCAAUUGUAUGGAAAAAUGGGCAAUUUUAGUGAAAUAUUACUGUAGUUGAUUUGACAUAAAGAAAGGAGGGACUUUGAGAGAUUGAAGGUUUAGACCACCUCAGCCCAACCAUGGUUGUGGCUGAGAAAGAACAUUUAUGAUUAUGGCACCACUAAAUGGCUGGAAAUGGUACUUUUUUCAUAAUUUUGAAAAAUGUGUAAAUCCUAGGACAACUGCCUCCUUGAAUCUGCCAUUGAUCUGGUGAAUGAGCUUUCUUAACAUAUUAUUGUUUUAUUUUGCUACACAUCAACUUUUGGUAAUAAAGCGGUGAAAAUACUAUAAAUUUGUGGAAGAUGGGUUAUUUUCUUUGAGAUGCUCGCAGGAGGCCCCCGUCACUAUUUUCGGGAGACUCCCUCAAGUUGCGAGAGACUUGUGACACCUGGUAACCCUGCUUUUGAUUGUUGACCCACUUGGAAAAGUUGUCAAAAUCUUUAUCAAAAAGAUUGUAGUUAAUCUUACUACAUAUUAUAUUAGAAAUUUAAAAAAAAAGGAGAUAAGAUUAGUUGAAUAAUCCAAAGCCUACUUAAAUUUUAACAAAGCUCAUUCUACAUACAACUAAAACUUCAGAAAGUAUUUAAUGCUGUAAUCAUCACCCCUCCCCUAGCUAAAUUCACAGACACAAAGCAUGAUCCCUCCUUUAUGCCCACACUCUUGACUGUUUCUGUGUACAUUGAUUCACUGUUACUGUUUUUCUGCCUGUGAAAUCUAGGUGCAUUUAAAGUGCAUGCAUGCAAAUACUGCAAAGAGUUGCAAAUAGAAAACUGGAUGAUAUAGUAAUCAAAAUAUAUUUACUGUACCCUACAUUCAAAAAUAUAAGAGAGCAUUGAAAUUGAAAAAUUACAACUAUGAAUCAAAAAUAAUGUUUUACCAGGAAAGUAAUCACAACAAAAUACUAUGUUCCAUUCCCUAAGGCAUUUAGCUUCUUGGGGUAUGCUGAAAUGUCCAAUUUUAUAACAGAUAACUGCAUCAUAUUGUGAUUUCGUAUUUGUUGUGUAUUCAUUUAGUUCUCUGCACUUUUAAGCAAUAGUGAUAACAAUAUUAAUGAUAUUAAAUUAAAUAUGAAAAGAAUAUUACUAUAAUUAAUAUAAUAAAACAUUUUGGAUUUGUAAAGGACCAUGCUUACUGUACACAGUUUGCUGGACACUCAGUAUGUUAAGUAGGAGCACCUUAGCACUAGGUCAAGUUCCAUGUUUUGCAAAAGAGCAUCAGUUUCUCACUAGUAAGUAAUUUGUUUAUAGUUGCUUAUUCUAAGAUUUAUCUUCAAUAAUAAUACUAAAAAAAAAUAGUGCAAAAUCUAAAUCAUGGUCCUCAAGGCUCUAUGGAUAUAAAUUGUAUCCGUUUGAUAUGUAUGUGACAGGACAUUUUGCAAAUACGGGUCACUUAUUAAAUUGACAAAAGCCCACUGAUUAAUCUCAGAUAAGGUAUAACACAUGCUCCAAGUAUUGAAAUACAUGUCAUCAUGUUGGGAUUUAAUAUUUCAACAUUAAUUAUGUCAUCAUCAGGAAUGAUGAUUUCCUGACAAUGACAUAAUUAAUGUUGAAAUAUUGAAUCCCAACGCGAUGGCAUGUAUUUCAGUACUUGCAGUAUGUAUUAUACUUUUGCAUGGAGUAAGGCAUGUGAACUGGUAACUUGGGAAAUCAUGGCCAAAUAAUAUACAGUAUAGAUGUUGGACAUUGUGAAGGUGAAUAAGGUUAAAAGAGAAAUACAAUAAUACAAAAUGCUUUUAGAAUUUCUACUUUUUUGCAAACAGCUGCUAUACUAUGCAUACACUGUACAAACUGUUUCCAAUAUUGAACAGAAACUAAAAUUGGAUUGAAAUUUAAUUAAUGUAAUGUAAUCAUUACAUUUUUUCAAACCAUAAAUACCCAGUUAUAUAGAUACUGUAAUUGAUAAUAGAAAUUUGUUUCUAUGCCUAACAACACACUUGAUGAGAAGACCUUUCAGCUAUAUGGUAUGAUGGAGCCUAAGGUCUUUGGUAUGCUGUACAUCACCAAAAAGUAUGAUAAAACAAGCAUUUUUGUUUAUGUAUGUGACAGAAUAAGGUUGUUAUUUUAUAUUAAAGUGCCAUAGGUAUUUAA